UAGUAUAAUCACUGUGUAGAGAGAGAAAGAGAUUGAUUGAAGACCCAAAAGGGUCUCUCUCUUUGACCCAAAUUCUCGAGAGAGGAAGUUAAAAGAGCGAGGUUUCAGGCGUAGGGAGAGAGCGGAGAGACUCUAUUCGAGAGCUCUGAGCAGAUCUAAGAUCCCAUCCGCAGCAAGCAUAGCAAAUUUUUAGUCCCACAUCGAUCGCAACAUCUCCCGGUAUGGCGUUCUAAACGAAGCCCUGCCAUGGGCCGCAACUCCUAAUUAGACGAGGAAAACCAGAGCCUUUAAAUCAAAACACAUAGAGGCCGCAAACUUCUUCAAGCUUCGUCAACAAUGGACGCUUACGAAGCAACCCGCAUCGUUUUCUCUCGAAUCCAAGCUCUCGACCCGGAGAACGCCGCCAAAAUCAUGGGUCUCCUCCUCAUCCAAGAUCACGGCGACAAAGAGAUGAUCCGAUUAGCUUUUGGACCCGAAACCCUACUUCAUUCUCUCAUCCUUAAAGCCCGUAAAGAACUGGGCUUGGGCCCAAACAACCCAUCUUCAUGGGCUCAACAACCCCUCGACGACGACGAGCUCUUGCUUCAGGCGGCGGCGGCGACGCCGGAGUCUUUGUAUUACGACCAAGGGUUUGGGUGGAAACCGUGCUUGUAUUUUAAUCGAGGGUUUUGUAAGAAUGGGAGCAGUUGCAGCUUUUUGCAUGGCGCGGCUGAUGAUAUGUCGCGCCGCUGCGUCGGCGGCGGCGGAGCAGCAGUGCCAAGAGAUAAUGCUGAUGAGGUCCAAAAGUCAGCGCCUCGCUGCAUCUGGCAGCGGCGCGGCGGCGGCGUUUCCUUACUCUCCGACGAGCUCCUCGUCGGCCAAGUGCUUCAACUUUAUGCUUCAGCAAAAUGA